CGCCGGCCGCCCCUCCUUGACCACAGCCCCCGCUAGAAUCACCCCGCAUAAUUCACCGCAAGGUUUUGUUUGUCUAUUGGAAUUAUUCGUGGACGGCCACAUCCCAGGGUGCACAAUUGCAAUAAAAUCCAGACUAAAUAACAUGUAUCCUCAGACCCCGAUUAGAUCUUUACCCCCAAGAUUUGAAGUUAAUUUAACUCCGGACUAUCAUUGUAUCACAGGAAGGGGAACAGGGAGAAAGGUGGGAUCAUUUCCUCUUGACUCUUGUAACACCACUAGAGAGAUAAAAUUGUUGUCCAAUAUGACCCGUGCCCGUAGUGAUAUAUGGUGGUUCUGUGGAGGUCUGAUCCUCAGGGGAGUUCUCCCCUUUGAAUUCUCAGGAACAUGCGCAAUCAUACAGUUAAUAAUGCCCAUCUACAUUUUACCCGAUAGCAAGACGGUGAUGGAUCUCACAUUAUCCAGCAACGGUGGUCUCCCGGACUUGACCCGUCGGAAACGAGAGUAUGCACCAGUCCCGGGUAGUUUUGAUAAAAACAUAUACAUAGACGCAAUAGGAGUACCCCGAGGGGUCCCCAACGAACAUAAAGCCCGGAAUCAGGUAGCGGCAGGAUUUGAAUCAGUUCUAUUUUGGUGGUCUACUAUUAAUAAAAAUGUUGACUGGAUAAAUUACAUAUACUAUAAUCAACAACGGUUUGUUAAUUUUACAGAAGAGGCAGUCAAAGGACUGUCCGAACAAUUGGAUGCCACCUCCCGGAUGACCUAUCAGAAUAGGCUAGCUUUAGAUAUGUUAUUAGCAGAACGAGGAGGGGUGUGCGGGAUGAUAGGGACAACAUGUUGUACAUUUAUCCCCAAUAACACAGCACCAGAUGGGUCCGUGGCCAGGGCAUUGGCUGGACUGCAAUCCCUCAAGUUGGAGUUGGCCGAGAACUCCGGUAUUGGUGACCCAAUAGCUGGAUGGAUGGAGAACCUGUUUGGUAGGUGGAGAGGUAUGAUCCAGUCAGUACUCAUCGCGGGAAUAAUGGCAGUAGCCGUGUUAAUUGUUGUCGGCUGCUGUUGUAUUCCCUGCGCACGAGGGCUACUGAAUCGGCUGAUCACCACAGCAUUGGGCGCCACAAAAGUGCCAGGUGACAUUCAUGCUUACGUAGGAAUCAGAUAUAAUCCGUUGAACUUGAAUGAGAUACCACCUGAGGAACCUGAACCUAUCCAAUUACAAUAUAUAGAAUAAAAUGCCACCAUUUGUAGCACCUGUGUCUAAGAUAAUCAAUAUCCUGGAUUUACUUGAAUAAUUAAUUAUUGAACCACCAAGACGAGUUGUGCUUGUUAUUAUAUAGUAUUGUUUGGUUGUGAGUACAACUCGUUAUUUCUGAAUCGCUGCAUUAAUAAUGGUACAGUUGAUCUUCUUUGAGGCGAUUGUUUUACAGGCCACCUGUUACUGACACGACGACGACGGAGAACCUGUUUGAAGGCUCCCAUGAUGUAGGAGUAACCUCUCUGAGUUGAGCCCUUGACAAGGAGGGACGAGUCUUGGGUUCAUGAAUUACAGGCCAGACGGCGACAGAAAAAACAAUGACUGCAAUAAUAACAAGCCCAAAACCACCCACAUGAACCGGCGCACCAAAACACGAAGAUCACCUGAACCCCCCAAAUCUAUGCCCAAACCACCCACAUGAACCGGCGCACCAAUACACGAAGAUCACCUAAACCCCCCAAAUCCAUGAUAGCUUGUCAAUUAUUUUGACAUUUUAAAAUUGUAUUAUGUCUACCAAUUUUUACUUUACUUUUACACAUGAUGAAAAUUGUAUGGCCUUGUAGCACAUAACCAAAAGUAUUAGCUCAGGAUUUCUAUGAAUAGUUUUGUUUGUGUGAUAUUUGGCCAUGUGAUUGUAUGAUAACAAGAUUUAUGUUCAUUGUUGUAUUGUUAAAUAAUGACCUGUAUUCCCAAUGAGACCCACAAGGUGGAUGCCAUUUCAGUAUUAUGAGCCCGUUGUGGUUUUUCCCUCUAUUCAAGAGUUUUCCACAACGGUAGAUGGUGUUGAUCCUAAUUUGACUAUGUUUUCGGUGUGGUAAAUGGUUUUUAUGGUUUAAAAUAUUAUUGUAUGGUCAUCUGAGAUGACCAAGGAGGGACUGUUACGUAUUUUAAGAAUCUAAGCUACCCACACAUAGACCCAAUGAAGACCAAACAUAUUAGCCGUAAAUACCAUACAUAGCCACAAGGGGAGCCUUACUGAAGGCUGCAAUAGAUACUUUAUCCACAGAGGGCAGCACCACAGACCAAGCGAGGAAAACCGAGGAUUACGUCCCACCGGUUUUCUGCAAGUCUUCCGGUCCUCCGAGUCGAUAAGAAAGCCUCCCCAUCGUGGAGACAGAUGGAACAUGGAGGAGCCUACACAUCAGUGCACCGUGUGCGACAAGACAUUCAGUGAAAAGUCCAACCUGGUGAGUCAUCUGAAGAUCCAUGCCAUCGCCAGGGAGACCUUUACCUGUGAUGUCUGCGGAAAGAGCUUGGCCACUAAACCAUCGCUGGUCAGCCAUCAACAGCUACACCUGUACCCCAACAUCAUUUUGUACCGGCAAGGAGAGGCCAUGCUGUAAUGUACAGAGGCAGCAAGGUCUGUGGCAGAGGCCCGCAGCAGCACUGUUGUUGACCCUAAAUGGCUGGAUCUCAAGACAGCAGAGGCGGCUGCCAAGAGGUCGGGGGCUGAGCUGUGGAAAGGUCAGCUGGUCAUCACGUUCAGGUAGUACGCCGGUCAGACCUUCAGGUGGCUUGUGGAGAAUGAUGUCGGCUGGCUGGUGUGGCUGCUGAAGUGGCAGAAGGAGCGACUGCUCCUUCGGCCACAAGGUGACUCCUCACCUGAAAGUGCUGUCGGACGCACCGUUCCCGGAGGCUCCUGCGCUGCCAACAUCCCUCCCUCCGCCAGACCGGCCUCAGGUCCAGUACCGGCUCAUCCAUCACGAGGCUGGAAAGAGACGUGGUGAGAAGCGGAGGUAAGUUGUCAUAAGCACUUUGUUUCACCUGUUGGCUGUGGAAAGCAAAUAGCACACACGUCAUAUCAAUACUGAUCACAUGUGUAUUUUAUGU